ACCGCCGCGGCGGGAGCGAGCGAGCGAGCGGGGCCCGCGGCACUGCGCCCAGCCAUGGACAAUCAGUGCACAGUUCAAGUCAAACUGGAGCUGGGGCACCGAGCCCAACUGAGGAAGAAGCCAACCACUGAGGGCUUCACUCAUGACUGGAUGGUGUUCGUCCGCGGCCCGGAGCAGUGUGACAUCCAGCACUUCGUGGAGAGGGUGGUCUUCAGGCUGCAUGAGAGCUUCCCAAAGCCCAAGAGAGUGUGCAAGGAGCCCCCCUACAAAGUGGAGGAGUCUGGCUAUGCAGGCUUCAUCAUGCCCAUUGAAGUGCACUUCAAAAAUAAGGAGGAGCCCAAGAAGGUUUGUUUCACGUAUGACCUCUUCUUAAACUUGGAGGGCAACCCCCCUGUGAACCACCUGCGCUGCGAGAAGCUGACCUUCAACAACCCCACCAAGGAGUUCAGGCGCAAGCUGAUCAAGGCCGGAGGGGUGAUGGUAAUGCCAGAGGGAGCAGAAGCUGUCUCAAGACCAAGCCCUGACUAUCCAAUGUUACCUACAAUCCCACUCUCUGCCUUCUCUGACCCCAAGAAGACCAAACCAUCCCAUGGGUCAAAGGAUGCAAACAAGGAGAGCAGCAAAGCCUCCAAGCCGCACAAAGUCACCAAGGAGCACAGGGAGAGGCCCAGGAAAGACUCGGAGAGCAAAAACUCCUCCAAAGACCUGGAAAGAGAACAAAACAAGCCCUUGAAGGACUCCUCCAGGAAACCAACUGAGAAUAAACUGCCUAAGGAGGAGAAGGCACCUCCCAAAGCUGCUUUCAAGGAACCAAAACUGGCGGUGAAGGAGACCAAACUGGAGAACACUUCCCCGAAGGGCGGCCCCCAGCCGGAGCUGAAGUCUUCCAGCAAGAGGCCUUCCAACGUGGAGUCACCAAAGCCCAGUGCCAAAAAGCAGAAGAAGAGCAGCUCCAAAGGGGUGAAGAACAUCCUGGGGACCUCUCCCAGGACCUCGUCUUCCUCAUACCCAGAGAAGAAGCAAACCAAGGAGAAGAUGAAUGCCAAAGUGGAGAAGGUGAAGCCCGAGAGCGAGGCCAAGGAGAUCAAAAAGCCUGUGGAGAUGGAGGAGUCCAACUCAGAGGAUGAAACUUCCUUCAAGUCAGAGUCUGUCCAGUCCAGCCCUUCCAACUCCAGCUCCAGCUCCGACUCCAGCUCUGACUCCGAUUUUGAGCCAUCUCAGAACCACAGCCAAGGCCCUCUGCGCUCCAUGGUGGAAGAUCUGCAGUCAGAGGAGUCAGAUGAUGAUGACAGCUCCUCUGGAGAAGAGGCAGCAGUCAAAGCAAACCCAGUCAGCCGGGAUUCCAGGCUGAGCCUUAGCGACAGCGACAGCGACAACAGCGCCGAUUCCUGCCUGCCCAGUCGAGAGCCUCCUCCUGGGCAGAAGCUGCCCCCUGCAAACAACAAGGCAUCUGGAAGGAAAAGCCCAGAGUCCUGUAACAAGCCAGAGAAGAUCCUGAAGAAGGGAACCUAUGACAAGGCCUACACUGAUGAAUUAGUGGAGCUCCACAGGCGGCUGAUGGCACUACGAGAGCGCAACGUGCUGCAGCAGAUUGUCAACCUGAUUGAGGAGACUGGGCAUUUCAAUGUCACCAACACAACCUUUGACUUUGACCUCUUCUCCCUGGACGAGACAACCGUCCGGAAGCUGCAGAGCUACCUGGAGGCCGUCGCCACAUGACGCUUGGCCGCCGCGAGCAGGGCUGCUUUGGAAACCCAACCUCCUCCUCCCUUUUUGAUUGGUACCAGGAAAUUCAAACCACCACCACCACCACCCCCUACUACCACCACCUACCACCUUACCACCACCACCACCUCCCACCACGGGACUAGGCCUUUCUUUAAUCCUCUUUGACUCACCCGAAGCACUGCCUUAGAGACCAGCCAACGCUCUAGGAAUGCACAGCCAGCUGCACUUUUCUUGUAGGCUUCAACCCCCC